GGUGCUGCCCUGUGAAAAAGAUCUCUGCUGACUAUUUGAACACUGGCAGAGACAUGUUGAACACUCAGCUAGACAGAUAUAGCAGCAGCUGGAGAAACAGUGUCCAUAGCAUUCAGUCUGUUAAACUUCUUUUUUAUACCACUGCUCUUCAGAAUCGUUGUGGAUAAAAAGAAAAACAGGACACAAUGGAGAUUACACUUGAAGAUGACAAUAGCAGCUCCUCACUAAACUUUGAGUACAAGGGUGCUCACCAGGCGUUCAGGGAUCGCUGGAAAGAGACAGAUGACACUAUGUGUCGCCACAGCAUGUCCUUUCACCUCCACCACACACUGAGGAGUGAGUUCUUUGCCAGUUACCUGUACUUGCUAGAGAAGACUCCUCUGGUGAAGCUGUUUCCAGUCACCUGUGAGUACAUCAAAGGAGAAAAACAGUUCUACUACAGAGCUCAGAAGUUCUAUGAGGAUGUCCCUGCCUCAGAGGAGGGCAUGAUGGGAGAUUUUGUAGAGAUAUCCAAUGUUGAUCUGGAAGGUUCUCGUCAGUUUUUGAAGCAGUUUGUGGGCCCUGGUAAAGCAGACACACACUGUGCUCUGGAUUGUGGAUCUGGGAUUGGGCGAGUAGCCAAAGGCGUCCUCCUUCCCAUCUUUGAGAAAUUGGAGAUGGCAGAUAUGAUGGAGCACUUCCUGCUCCAUGCACACGAGGAGUAUUUGGGUGAUGAUGCUGACCGCAUUGAGACCUACUACUGUUACAAUCUGCAAGAUUUUACGCCUCCAAAAAACAAGUAUGAUGUCAUAUGGAUGCAAUGGGUGGCAUGCCACCUAACAGACAAGGACCUAAUGAACUUCUUGUUUCGCUGCAAAAAGAGUCUGCGUCCAAAUGGUGUUAUUAUAAUGAAGGACAAUAUGGCUAGGCAAGGCUGCAAGCUGGAUCCCAUUGAUAGCAGCAUUAGCCGCCACCUGGACAUCAUGAAGAUCAUCAUUGCCAAGGCUGGAUUGGAGGUCUUGGCUGUUGAGAGGCAGGGAGGCUUCCCUGAGAUCGUCAUGCCCAUUUGGAUGAUUGCUAUGAAGUAGAAGAAACAUUUUUUGUGCAGUUUCAUCUUAUGUGCUUUAAAAAUUACUAA